AUGUCGGAGACAUUUCAGAUAGCCCGAAAACAAGAUUUGCCUCCUCCGGGAGGCUACAAACCAAUACCUUAUAAAAGAUUACCUGCAAAACAAUAUUUCAGCGGGUAUACUAUGUUUGCUAUGUACAUUGGUGUAACUGCAGUUGCCGCUUACUUGUACAACAUUAACGCUAAGAGGAUCAAAAGAAAUGAGAUUGAGAUGCGCUCUGCUAAGAUGGCUAUAUACCCAAUGUUGCUGGCGGAGAGGGACAGGGAAUACUUGAAGCAGUUGCGCAGGAACCGCGAUGAGGAGACUGAACUCAUGCGUGAUGUGCCUGGAUGGGAGGUGGGCACAUACUAUGGUGAACGUGUGUACAAGCAGGUAGCACCAGACACCCUGGUGGAACCAAUCUUCCACGAGUACUAUGCCCACAGCUCCCCCGCUGAGUGGUACAAGAGAGCCUACCACAAGUUCUAUUGUUAAAAGAGAGUUGUUUUGAGCUGCGUUUUGUGAGCUUUACAAUAAAAGGAAAUAGAUACUCAUGAAGAAAAAUGAUGUGAAGAUUCGAAGUUUCCAAAAAAAUCAUAAAGAUCCUAUAGACAAUAUUCAUAAGAGCAAUGAACAAUGUUGAAAUACGAAAGUGUGGCCAUUCGUUUCCACAAACUUUCCACAGGCAUAGCUUGCAUUUUCGAGAUGCAAACGCCUAUAUAUCUUACUAUGGGAAAAUAUUAAGUUUCAUUAGAAAAUAGGAAUUGGAAGAAAAACUAACAACUUCAUGUGUGAAAAUCUACAAACAUAUGCUGAAAUAUGAACACAAAAUUGACCAUAAAACGCAGCUUAGAAGGAAUUAUAAUGUCAGCUAAAUAUUAGAACACAAUUUAACAGUUAACUAUUAUGUUCUUAUAGUAAAUAAUAUUAUAUGUUAAAGUAAUUUUACUUGAACAAUAAAUAGCUGACAGCAGGAAGUAAUUUAUUUAGUUAAAAUCUGUUUGCUUUUGUAAAUUAAAUCUUUUAAAUUGUAGUUGCUUGGUCUGAAUAAACGAAUUAUGUUUACUAAU